CACUCGCGCGCCACUCGCGAAUCGCACGUCGAGGUGCGCGCGCGCUAUUGUGUCGCAGUGCAGUGUUGCCAUUUGUGAAAUUAUAUUUUUAAUAUUUCAUUUCGUGCGAUUUCAAUAUCGAGAUUGGGCGAUAAACUUGGAAGUGGUGAAGGAUAGAAGCGUAUAUCGUAGAGCACCAAUUCUGAGAAAGCAACCAUUACCGAUAUAAACGAUAAAUCAAGAUGGAAUACUCAAUGCUGUUGUCAGUGCUCAUACUUAUCGUCGCAUUAUACCAAGUUGAAAGUGCACCCUCGAGAAGAUCAAGAGCCGCUUUAAUACCCGCAGACGAGACGACUUCAGAACGAGAGAGCAAACUUGAAGAUAAAUUUAAGGAUGGAACAACACCAGUGCCAGAACCGACAAACAGAAGAAACAAGGCUCUUAAUCUAUUUGGAGGCUAUUUCCCAUCCUACUUAUCGUCAGGUCUCGAUUACGCGGAAGAUGAUGAUGAUGACGUCACUUUCUCAGUAAAUGAUGAUCAUUUCGACGACGACGAUUUAUCUCGGACCAUUCCUUCGAAGCGUCGUCAACAGAACAAGAAAAAAAAUGGUAGUGGUAGCACCUUCCCGAAUGAUAACCUAAAUUCGCUUCAAUACGAUAAUUCACCAAUCUUCUACAUCAGAUUACCCCCAACCCCAUAUAUGUUUGUACCAGGCUUAGGUUAUGUUUCUCAGCCUCCUUCCCUCGGACCAGCUAUGCCACCAAUGAUGCCUCAGGGAGUUCCUCAACAAGUUGCCGAUCCGUUUAUCAACUUGCCAUUAGACUUUGUAUCUAACGGCAAACCAACGGGCGUUUAUCAAUGGAGCGGCGCUUCAGGUUAUCCAGGAGGGCCUGUCGAUCCUUUCGGAUACGGACCAUCCCAACCUGUCAUGCCGCCAGUUUCUCGUCCGAGUUACAAUGCGCCAUCAUACUCUAAACCAAAACCACAAUCAGUUUCAAACAAUUCAAAGGUCACCAACCUUAAAGGACCAUACGUUUUUAACGGAAAACCCAACGAUAGUGUUUACGUUCUUAGGAACACCUACAACUCAAUAUAUUCAGAUGCUCUACAAAACUUCUAUCCUUAAUCAUUUAUCGUAUCAAUAGGAAAUAAUAAUGACUCGUAUCGAGUCGUAAUAUGCUUAGACAUUUUCUAAACGUCAUUAGACAAUAUCCACCCAUUUCGUUAGUACUAUACAGUUAUAAUAACUUGUGAUCAUUAAUAUACAGCUUAAUAAUUGAUUUUUAAAACUGCUCAUAAACAUUAUUUUUUUAGAACAAGGUUUUCUAGGUUUUUUUUUUCUUUUUGGUAUAUUUGAUGUCUAACAUUUUUCCUCUCGUUUGUUCAAUCUGUAGGAUUGU